UAAUUGACUAUCUGAAGUCAGGGUCAGAGUUUGAGAUCCUGCACCGUUUCCCAACAAUUAAGACUAUAUCCAUGAAAUAUAACACAGCAACACCUUCAAGUGCACCAGUUGAAAGACUGUUUAGCCUGGGCAGUCUUGUGCUGACUCCGAGGAGGAAUAGGUUGUCUGAGAAAAGGUUUGAAAGACUCCUCCUCAUGAGGUAUAACCACUUCUUUGAGAAGCAUGUUCAGUAAGAAGCCAUGAUCUGACAAGAGUGACGUAUGCACCGGGGAUUGCAAGUCAGGACGAGACAGACAUUUACUGACAGCUCUCACUACAGUGACAGGAGUGGAUACCGCUUCAGAACAGGAUGAAAGGAGUCCGGGUCGCAGUGGUGGGAGCAGGUGCGGUGGGCCUCUCUACAGCUGUCUCCAUCGCUGAAGAUCUUCCUUUCUGCUCUGUAACUCUAAUAGCUGAGAAGUUCAGUCCAGACACCACCAGUGACGGAGCUGCUGGGAUUGUGUAUCCUGGAACGUUUCCAGAUAUUCCCUUGGAAAGACAAAGACGCUGGUUCAAGGACAGCUUUGAUUGCCUGUUGGCCAUUGCUCAAUCCGAACAUGCUCCGGAAGCUGGAGUUAUAAUGAGCUCUGGAUGGCAGAUUUUUAAGGAAGUUCCAGCCAAUACAAAACCCCAUUUUUCAGAGUGUAUGAUUGGCUUUCGAUUCAUGACUGAUGAGGAAAUGAAAAGGUUUCCAGAUCACAAGUUUGGCCAGGCGUUUACCACUGUAAAGUGUGAAUGUUCCAACCACCUGCCAUGGCUCGAAAACAGAUUCAGAAAAGCUGGCGGUCAGGUAGAAAAGAGGAAGGUCAACAGUCUCCAGGAGCUGAGCAACUAUGACCUCAUUGUAAACUGCUCUGGUCUGGGCUCCAAAACACUGGUGCAUGACAGCAAUAUAUACCCAGUCAGAGGCCAGGUCCUAAGCAUGGAGGCCCCCUGGCUGAAUCACUUCAUCAGGGAUGGGGAUGGGAAGACCUACAUCUACCCUGGCAUACACUCCGUCACCAUAGGCGGCACGAGGCAGCAAGACGACUGGAGUUUAAACAUUGACGAAGAAGACACAAAAAGCAUCCUGGAGCGCUGCAGCAAACUGGAGCCAUCGCUCAGCAAAGCUAAAGUCCUUAAAAAGUGGGUGGGGCUGAGACCCAGCAGGAAGAACGUGAGGGUGGAGAGGGAGGUGGUGCAGCUGCAGGGUCGGAAGGUGCCUGUGGUGCACAACUACGGCCAUGGAGCGUGGGGAGUCACCUUUGCCUGGGGGACUGCUCAGGACGCUCUUGGGCUGGUGAAGCAAUGCCUCAGUGAAAUGCCGCUACAGGCUAAGCUGUGAGCCACGUCUAACACUACAUCUAUUCACUCUUUAAUGAUAACACUUUGAUUAUUAACACUGGAGCAAGAAGGGUUCAUGAAUUUGCACUUUGUACAUAGAGAGAUCGUUUCUGUAUAAUAAAGGGUUCAUCAGUAAAAUAACUGAGAAGCAAUAGUUAUAGACAUUAGAACUUAUGAGAGAAUUUUAUAAUAUACUGUAUAUUUCUGUGUUAAUUUCGACCUCUAGGUUUCAUUAACAGUUACCUUCAAGAAGCAAGUUUGCUUUCAGAAAAAAAAGUAAAUCAAAUUUUGUGUGGGGCUUCGCUGUAGGGGUGAAACAAUGAUCAACAGCCAUACAGAAUGAAUACAAAAAGAAACACUUUAAUAUUAAAUUAAUAAGCAGGAAAUAUUGAACACAACUUACCAUUAUUGUGAAAUAAAGAUUACAUGUAAGACAAAUGUUUUUUGGGGUAGAAUGCUAUUAAUAAAUGGAUUUCAAAUGUGCAAAUUAAACUUCUGAGAACUACUAAAAGUUUACCGUGUCAAUUACAUGAUGAAAUAUAAUAAGAUUUUCCAGUGCUUUUUUAAUUCCUGUCUUCAUUUCUUGUCAGUUGAUGCAUGUAUCAAAACGUUUGGGACCUGUGACUUCAGGAAAAGGCUCUGUGUUACUCAAAACAUUGUUGAUAGCUCUGUACUAUCCAAGGGCUCCAGUUAGCCCUGAUGGCAUCUAUGUACACACAUACAAAUAUAUGCUUAAAAAAUCA